CUCCAUUUUGGAAAAACAGCUGUUCCGAGGAGACAAGCGUUCUCUCGCCACUUGACGUGGACUGUUCCCGGAUCGGUCCUGCCGCGCCGCCGUCGUGCAGGCUUUAUUUCCGCGCCUCCUCGCGAGGUUCCGGUCGCGUUUUGGGAAACUUGACCACGGUUCCAUGGUGCUCGGUGUCCAUUGUCACACGCGGAGAAGGGACGGAGAGCGUGUCAAGGUGUGAUGAGACGGCUGGUCAUGGACAGAUGAUGGACGUGGAGACGUCGUAUUCUGACUUCAUCAACUGUGAUCGCACCGGCCGCAGGAACGCAGUGCCCGACAUCGCGGGGCAGGACAAGGCUGCGGCCAGCACCAGUGAACUCACCAAAGACUUGGCCGGGAUGGAUUUGAAAGCCGCAGAGGGAGAGCCGGGGGAGUCUCCGGCCGCGGCGGGCGAGGGCUCCGCCAGUCCAGAUGCCCAGGGAGGAGGGGGCCCGUCCUAAAGGGAGCUGUGACAAGACGACAGAGGGCCGUGGGAAGGAGGAGACAGCGGAGAAAUAACUUGUCCGGAGUGGAGUGGAGGACAGCACCAGUCACUGCCGGCUCACCUGGAGCCUCGCUCGCUGAAGAUAGAGAGUUUUUAAAUGUUCAGAUUGUAACCCGGGCAACACCAGUGGGAGGAGAACUGACUGGCUCCCCCUCUGCUCGGUUAGUCGUUUCAUUUCUCCUCUACACACACACACACGCACGCUCACACACAAGAGCUCUGGGACUCUUCAGAUGGAUAAAAACAAAAGAAUCAUUUCUAACACUCGGAAGCAUUUUUAAUAUGAAGCUGUGUCGCGGCGGCGUCUUCACCGUUUUCCUCUCCGUGUGUGUGUUUGUGUGUUUGUGAGCCUCAGUUUCAUCGUCCUACCUGUUCCGUUUUUUUAGUAUCAUGGUCGCCAUUCAACUGUCCUGCGCAGUCUUCAUAUUUAUUGCUCAAUGUUCAGUGAUAACUUUGUGAUAGCGAUUUCUCUUUGUGUAAAAAAAUAAAAUACAUAUGAACCUAUUGAAUUCAUGGCGUCC